ACGAUGCCAUUUCAUAGUGCACCAACUUAUGAGCUACCGUCAAACGGAAGAGAAAUCCGUAAUUCGUUAUCCCAAAGAUCGGAAACUCGGAUGAAAUAAGAUCACCGUUCACAGAGUCCCUUCCCUGACUUCAGGGUCAUUGACAUCCCCCACGCCGGACCGUAACCCCUCCAACUUUGCCAGCAUCCACGCCUCGAUUUCGAAACGAUUCCCAUCACACACACAAACAACAGCAACUGAUUUGCAACCAUGCCUUCUGUCGUUGCUGAAGCUCCGGGGAGGUCUUCCUCCAUGCCUCGUGGCCCCCCUUCGGGGAGCGUUCCCCCUGGAAGCGAUGCGCAGUUCUUCGGAGGAGAUGACGAGAUCGUCGGUGCGAGAGGGACCGUCAAGAAGCCAGUGGGACCUCGUGGUGAGGUUCAGCGAGUUGUAGAUGUGACCGGAGAGACCCUCGCUGAGCGGUUCCAGGAUUUCCUCGAGUCAUUCGCAGAAGAGUUGUCCUCAUCAGGCGCUCCACCCUCGUCCAGCAUGGGAACGGAUAAGUUCUACAUUGGUCAGAUCCACGGAAUGAAACUAUACAAUCUCUCGACGCUCUACGUGGACUUCAAGCAUUUGGCGAGAUAUCAAGAAGGCGUCCUGGCAAACGCCAUUGUUGCCGAAUACUUUCGGUUUUUCCCUUUCAUGACCCGGGCUCUGCACAAUGUACUUGCGAAGUACGAGCCACAAUACUUCCGACAGCAUCGGCAGCCAUUGUCAACGACAACGGGCACCGACACGUCACUUGCAGGGGAUGCCUCGCAAAGCGAUAUGUCACGUAAGACGACGAACCAGCAAACCGAUCGCCUCUUCACCAUCGCAUUCUACAACCUUCCACUCGUUUCACGCAUUCGGCAGCUACGCACCAGCAACAUUGGCCAGCUCUCAUCUAUCUCCGGCACCGUUACCCGAACCUCAGAGGUGCGACCCGAGCUCUCGCUUGCGACCUUUACCUGCGAAGCAUGCAAUACGGUGGUCCCGAAUGUGGAGCAGAUAUUCAGAUACACCGAGCCUCCACAAUGCCCCAAUAUGACGUGCGGCAAUCGGCAGGGGUGGCGGUUAGACAUCCGACAGAGUACAUUUGUGGAUUGGCAGAAGGUGCGAAUUCAAGAGAACAGUAGCGAGAUCCCCACUGGAAGCAUGCCACGGACUAUGGAUGUGAUUCUACGCGGAGAAAUCGUCGAUCGGGCGAAGGCUGGCGAGAAGUGCAUCUUUACCGGCAGCCUCAUCGUCGUCCCCGACGUCAGCCAGUUUCGACUCCCUGGAGUUCGUCCUCAAGGGACAAGGGAUAACGGAUUCGCACCGAGAGGCACUGACGCCGGCGGAACUGGCGUUACUGGACUAAAGGACCUUGGAGUUCGUGAUCUCACAUACCGUAUGGCAUUCCUUGCUUGUAUGGUGACCCCCGAUGCGAGUACCCCGGGGCAAUCAGCGAAUCAAAAUAUGGUCGGCCAAGCGGGCAACAUUCUGGCGUCCCUGAAUCAGGUGCAGCUGUUCGACAGUCUGACAAGCGGAGAAGAGGCACAGCGGGAAUUCCUCGCCACCCUUAGUCCACCGGAGAUCGAGGAUUUGAAAUAUAUGGUCCACCGGCCGAAUGGAUUUAUGAGGCUGGUCGACUCGAUUGCACCUAUGGUGUAUGGCCAUCAGGUCAUCAAGAAGGGGCUCCUUCUACAGUUGAUGGGUGGUGUCAGCAAACAGACCCCCGAAGGAAUGGCUCUCCGAGGCGACAUUAACAUUUGCAUUGUGGGGGACCCGAGUACCAGCAAGUCUCAGUUCCUCAAAUACAUCUGCUCCUUCCUUCCUCGCGCCGUCUAUACUUCUGGAAAAGCCUCGUCCGCGGCUGGUCUCACCGCCGCCGUGAUUAAAGACGAGGAAACUGGCGAGUUCACCAUCGAAGCCGGAGCGCUCAUGCUUGCCGACAAUGGCAUUUGCGCGAUCGAUGAAUUCGACAAGAUGGACAUCAAAGACCAAGUCGCCAUCCACGAAGCCAUGGAACAGCAGACCAUUUCCAUCGCCAAAGCUGGCAUCCAAGCGACCUUGAACGCUCGAACGAGCAUUCUCGCCGCCGCCAACCCGGUCGGCGGCCGCUACAAUCGCAAAACCACCCUCCGCGCCAACGUAAACAUGUCCGCCCCCAUCAUGUCCCGAUUCGAUCUCUUCUUCGUCGUGCUCGAUGAAUGCGACGAGGCCGUCGACCGUCACCUAGCCGACCAUAUCGUCAACAUCCACCGCCUCCGCGACGACGCCGUCGAGCCGGAGUACAGUACCGAACAACUACAGCGAUACAUCCGGUUCGCACGCACAUUCCGCCCGGAGUUCAACGACGAGGCAAAACGGACGCUCGUGGAGCGGUAUAAGGAGCUGCGACAGGACGAUGCGCAGGGCGGGAUCGGCCGAAACAGCUAUCGCAUCACGGUGCGGCAGCUGGAGAGCAUGAUUCGGCUGAGCGAGGGGAUCGCGAAGGCGAAUUGCGUCACGGAGGUCACGAGCGAGUUCGUCCGCGAGGCGUAUAAUUUGCUGCGGCAGAGCAUCAUCUCCGUCGAGAAGGACGACGUGGAGGUCGAAGAAGACACGCAAGAGCCGGAGGACCGGGCCAUGGACGGAGCGGACGCUGAGGAUGUGGGAGAGGAGGACGAUGACUCACCGAUGGCCGAUGGAGGGGCGGUGGAUGGGGCGCAGGAGCCGGCGAAGGAAAAGACGAAGAUCACGUAUGACAGGUACAUGUCGAUUCUGAACCUGUUGGUUCGACGGAUUGUCGACGAGGCGGAGGAUUUGGAGGACGGGGUGGAGGAAGAGGAGCUGCUGGUGUGGUAUCUGGAGCAAAAGGAAGCGGAGAUCGACACGGAGGAGGAACUGGAGUUUGAGAAGGCAUUGGCAAAGAAGGUGUUGAAGCGGAUGGUCAAGGAUCAAAUCCUCAUGCAGAUCGCAGGCGAAGGGUUGGCAGACCAGCAGGGCGAUGGGUUGCAGCAGGAGGACAAGGUUGUCUACGUUCUGCAUCCCAAUUGCGCGGUCGACGAAGUGGGAUGAUUGGAUCGUUCUUCGUUACUUGGAGUUUGGACAACGGCUUUGGCCUCAGGUAGGCUGUUUAGUGCGGUAUUAUAAGGUGUAAUGAAUGAAGAAUGAAUGAAGAACAGAAUCGACGCCUAGAAUAGGUAUCAUGCUUUUGAAUGCUCCAUACUCAACGGAUG